AGUUUGUUUCCAAUUUGACGUUUGUGGUUUGUUAAUUGUUUGUGAAUUGUGGUGAAUUGUGAUUUGAUUUUGUAUGCAAAUAUAUUGAUUGAUGAAUUAAGUUUUAUUUAUGAAAGAAAGGUGAAUGUACAGGAGUAAAAAUGGACAUGCCAACAUCACAUUUAGCUGCUGCUUUAAUGUCGGGCAACAACACGUUCAGCACUCCUCAAACAGAAUCUCAUAACAUUAUAUCAGACAAUGCUGUCGAGGAUAAGAAAGAGAAACCUUCUGAAGUCCAGAAAGGACCCCCUUACGAAGAUAAAGAAGAACUCGCAAGUGGGGAAGAUUUUUCAGAUGAGGAAUCUGAAGCCCAGCAGGGAAGUAAGUCUAUGCCUGGUAGGGGAGUGACACUACAAAUGCUUUUAGAAGAAAAGAUGUUGGAGCCAGGCACUGCAGCUAUGACUAUAGAAUAUUUGGGGCAGAAAUUUGUAGGAGAUUUGCAGGCUGAUGGUAAAAUAAAGUCUCAUGAAACUGAAACAAUUUUUUGCUCUCCAUCUGCAUGGGCUAUUCACUGCAAGAGGAUAAUUAACCCUGAUAAAAGGUCAGGCUGUGGUUGGGCCUCUGUGAAAUAUAAGGGGAAGAAGUUGGAUACUAUCAAAGCCACAUACCUUAGAAGGAAACAAUUACAAAGGGAAAAUAUGCACACAGAUGAAGAAACAGAAAUGGAGGUAGAAAGCCCUCCGGAGCCACCACCACAAAGAAUAGUGACCAAACAUAAUACUGUACCAAAUAGGAUGAUGCAGCAUGAUGCAAAUAUGCUUAUUGAAGCUGUUUCAUUUGCAUCAGCAGGGAAGGUACAACCUUUCUUAGUAACAGUGAGUUCUAAUGCUCUACUUGUUCUUGAUAUACAUUGUCAUUUAAAGAAGGAAGAAAUGUAUGGUUAUCUUGCAGGAACUUGGGACCUAAAUAAUCACAAUAUAAUGAUAACACAUACAUUUCCUUGUUUGAUAAGUAAAAACGACAAAAGGCCUAAAGUUUUUGUUGAGUUGGACAUUCAAAUUCAGAUAGAGAAACAGGGUCUAACUCUAUUGGGAUGGUAUCAUUCCCAUCCAACAAAUCCUGCAAUGCCAAGUCUCAGAGAUUGUGAUAAUCAGUUAGAAUAUCAAAUAAAAAUGAGAGGACCAUCCGAAAUAUCAUAUAUUCCUUGUAUUGGAGUAAUUUGCUCUCCCUACAACCCAGAAAGCCCAGUUUUGGAGUCAACUUUGACAUUUUUCUGGGUAAUGCCACCACCAGAGCAACGCCCUACGGAAUACCCUCGCCCAUUGUUGCUGCAGUAUAACAUGGUCAAUGACAGCCAUCUAUCAACGCACGCUAUGGAAGAAAUUAAGAAAAGCAUAAAAUAUUACAUAACAUUCAAAGAUGAUGCAUUUAUUAAUUUUAAGGAUAGUUACAAACCAGAUAUAUCUUAUUUGGAUAAGUUAAAAUGUACGUUAACGCCCAAGUUCCCGCGCGAACAGAGUGAUGGAUUGUUGUGGCACUUUAUUAGAGAUGAACUAGGAUGCUCCUCUGAACAUGAUGAUAAAAUGGAUUUGGAUGCUUUACUAGCUGUACCUCAACAGAUUCCUCCAUCCAAACCAAAUCCAACAACCAUACCUAACUUCCCUUCAGUUAGUACCUUGCAGCAAAUGGUUAGCAGACCUGCAGGGGUUCCGCCAAUUAAUGUUUCUUCAGCAAUGGGCUCUGGUUCGCCUCAUAAGUUUGAAACACCACCUUUAAAUAUACCUGUGCUACCCACUUCUUCAAAAUCUUCUAAGUCAAGUACACCAUCUCUUCCACCUUCAUACCCUACUGGCUUGGACAUGUUGACCAGUAUGGCUUUAGGCUUAGGUUCUGCAAAUAUGCCAUUGCCGAUGGGUGCAGCUGGGUUAGAGAGUUUAGCCGCUGCUAAUAGUAUGCUGGCGGGCUUCAGUCCUGGAAUGUCAUCUAAUUUAGCAGCAAGUUUAUCUAGUAGUAAACUGCCUGAUCUUCCGUCUUAUGCUGCAUCACUGCAGAACUUGUCGAGCAGUGUAGGGAGCUACGAAAAAACGUCUACCAGCACUUCAACUAGUUGUACCACCUCCGCAUCACCUAUUCCGGCUAAUAUAGCUUCGAAUCUCAUGAUGAGUUCGGCGGAUAUCGCCAAUGCGUUGUUCUCGGCCAGCAAAUAUUCAAGUGCUGGUAUACUGGGAAUACCAGAUCCAAUGUCGAAGUCUACACUAGCUGCUAAUAAUAUGUUCUUGUCUCCGUCGUUGUUGAAAAUGCAAGAGUCACUAUUGAAACCUUUAUCGAGCAGUAGUCCAAUUCCUUCGAAAGUUGGCUUAGAUCAGAAUAUCUUGAUGAAGAGCCCGCAUGAUUUAAUAAAAAGCAGUAAAGAUUAUCUUCCUCCUGAUUUCAGUAAUAUCAGCAAAGGAAAAGACAGCUCUCUAGAUCCCAUUAAGCAUUCAGACAUUAGUGUAUCUAAAGGUGAGUCUUCGAAAUCGAUUAUUUCGGAACCUCAGGUGUCAGAUUAUCCACAGAUAAGUGCUUCGCCUCGUUUGGGAGGAGAUCCAUUCUUGAAUCAAAUGUUGGAAUUGACUAAAAAAACGACUAUUCCUGAUUACGCAUCAGACUACAGUCAAUCUCGUAAAAUAACUGAAGAGGAAAUGCAAAAAAUUUCUACUUCAUCGUUCUCAUACUCCAGCGCUGCCAGUAUUGCAGACACCAUAGCUCAAGUAGCGAUGGGUAAUUUCGGCAAAAUAGACGAUGUCGUAGACUACAGCAAAAGCCAAGAUUACACUACAUCAAAAAGCUUGAAUAGUGAAAGUGACAACUAGUUUUUUAAUUUUAUAGAAUAGCCUAAAAGUAAAUUUUACAUUUACUUGAUCUGUAUUUAAAUGAAAUGUUUAUGUACCUAUUAAUAUGUAUAUAAAAGAUAAUAUAGAUCCCAAAAAAUCACAGUCGUGGAUGAUCACCAAUUAUCGAUAAAUGCUGAUAAUUUAAUCAGUGAUAAUAAAAUUAUAAUGACGUAUCCGCGAUAUGGCGAUGCUUGAAUAUAUUAGUUGAUUGGCAUUGUUCAACGCGUUCGUUACAAGUUCAAAUGAUAAUUGCGUUGUAUUUUAUUUAAUAAUUUUCUUAAAAAUGGUAAUUUCAAAUAUUUGAUGUGAUUCAAACUGAUUUGUGCAUGUUCCCCUUGAAGGUAUGUUAAGUGUCCUUUUAUUAAAAUGGUGCAGGUUUUGGUAGGUUCUGCUGCACCUUUAAAAACAUACAUUAGUAGAUAUGUUUAUGUUCUGCUUAUUUUUAAAAUAUUUGAAGUAACUUCAUGUUGAAAAAUGACUUCUCUACUUUGUAUGUAUUUAGUACUUACUAUUAUUUUGUAAGACACUUUUUUAUGUUGUACUUACGACAUUUUUUUAUAUCAGUUUUGAUUAGGUACCUAGAAGCGACUAAGGGACACGUAGAUAAUCACAGUUUUACAACAGCUGGUGUAGAUCUAAAAAUAUAUUCAGUAUUAUCCAAAUUAUGCAUUUUAUAUUAUUCUGGAAUGAAUAAAAUUAAAACAUUUUUUAUUAUAAACCUUAAACGAAGAAUAUUUAAUAAGUAGGUAUUUACCCAUACUUGUAUUUUCCCAAGUACACUUGUAAAUGGAAUUUAAAAGAGUAAUCCUAAUGAAUAAGGGUUUUAAUAGCUUGUAAACAAUUAUUAUUAUUUAUUUACCUAUAAGACUGCAUUUUAUAGCAUUUCUUAGUGCUGCUUGGAGAUAAAUGUGCAUUAUUCCAAGUUCCAAGAAUAAGACUAAUAGAAUAAAUAUAUUAAAAGCAAAUACAA